AACAGGACCGUUGCAACCUACAACUGCCAGAAACUGAAAUUUGAACUACCCGGGAAAACAAAAACCCAGAGAAAAAGAAGAAGAAGAAAAAGAAGAAUGAUGGAUUUGUUUUUCCCAAAGGAAUUGCAGUGUGACAAUGACAUCUUCUGGUACGAGGCUUACAAGGCUUUUGAGGCUCUCCAGCCCCAGGUGAAUCAAAGCGCUUUUGUGCCUUACAGAGACACACCCAGAAAUGAAUUUGGAGCAGAGAAUUCAGGUAAUAUGAAAAAUUGUGUAAAUAUGAAGAAGAGAAUGGUGGAGUUCUUGAGGAGGAGUUGGCAUCCGAGGAAUGAAAUCCAAGAGUACGAGAAAGAGAGGGGUUUUCGGCACAUGAUGAACGAGCGGAUGAGGAGAGAGAGGCAGAAGCAAAAUUACAUGACCCUGCAUUCCAUGUUGCCCUUUGGAACCAAGAGUGAUAAGAAUUCCAUUAUUCAAACGGCAGCGACAAAAAUUCAAGUACUGCAGAAGUGUAGGGAAGAGUUGCAAAGGCGAAACUCAGAGGCUGAGAAAAAUUUGGCUGCGGUGGAAGGGGAAAGAGUAGGAGGAGCUAAGAUUAAACUAAAGGUGGCUAAUCCAACAUCUGGGGUUGAUUCCAUGGUGGAAGUUCUUAAAUGCUUGAAACACUUGGGACUGAAGGCCAGAACCAUCCGAUCAAAUUUCACUGCUCAGGAGUUCUCAGCUGAACUGGAGAUUGAAACAGAGAUCGAAGCUGCCAAAGUGGAAAAAGCCAUACAAAGAGCACUAUAUGAAGUUGAGGGGAAACUUCUUCGCAAGUUCGACGAAGGUGGAAUCUAAAGAAAAAUGGGGGCGCCCAAGCACUUUACUUUUGCGGCAAAAGUUUUGCCCUCAAUCAUAGGAUAGGAACACUUUAACUAUUAAAUUUAUGUUGUAUAUAUUAUUAUAUGUUUUUUUUUUUUGUUGUUGUUGUUAUAAUCAUCUAUUAGCAACGUGACAGAUUGACGGUCAAUAGGUUUCUUAUUGGUUUGAAAAUUUUAACUUCUUUGUUGAUUUUCUGAAUUUCAAUUGACUAAUAGUUUAGAUCGCGACUAUUUUAACACUUAAAGUUUA